ACCACACCACAGUCUCAUCUAAGCCAUUGCUAUGCGAACAUCCUCCCCAUCAUAGCCGAAAUUCCACAUUCGAGUCCGGGACGCCCGCGUGCCGACGCGACGCGAAACUUUAACAUUCGAAUUUCGUGUUUGCAAAUUAUUCCUUUUCGAACAAUUCUUUUUCUAAGCUGCCGUCGAAAAGUUGGCGAAGUUGGCGGCAAACGGUAAAGUUGUGUGUUUUGUGUAUGUAACAGUGUUUAGACAACUUUCAGAGCUUUCUAAGAUUUUUUAAUUUCUGUGCUUUUUCGGUGUAUUGAAAGAUUUUGUUAGUGAAGUGUUUUAUUAUUAUUUUGUGCACAUUUUCAUUUGGAUUUUUUUGCUCCGGAAAUUUUUGGAACAAUAUGGAAAUUUGGUUUCAAAACGGCACGCUGUUAGAAGACGCAUAAUUAAAUUCCUUUUCGAUAACACCAAGUUCUUUAAAACUGUCUGAAAACCAAAGAUGCUGGGGUGUGCUCCGCGAAGAGUUACCUCAGUGUCCACUUCCUUCUCACCAAAAUACAUCAGCUUCAGCUCGGCUCACGACAGCCGGUGCUUAGAUAAGUAGAUAACCUUCCUAACUCUUCGAAUAUCCUAACGAACGAAAUACGAAGCAUCUGCAACUAAACUAGUCAAAGUAAAACCGAGUUCAGUAGUAAGUUACCAAUAGGUGAAGUAAAGGAACAAAGCUCUAGUGCGUGCUGUGUUGAAUCGCCACUGCGGUGGUAUGCUUUAUAUUGCACCUUGGAUCGACUGUGCGCUGACAGGUCGCUACGUCACGUGGCUUCCAGGCGCGCGACUUCAGUGCUGGAUGCUACUAACUGUAUACACGUUACCACAGCUUGCCGUCUCUGCGAAGAUAUUGUGCCUCCUGAUGGUGGUGAUCUGCGGUGCGGUGCCAUCGAUGGUCCGGUCGGUUCGCCUCUACAGCCAGUGUUCCCAUAUGUACCUCAACGUGUUUCCAAACGGCACUGUCAUGGCUCGCUCCGAUGGAAACGAUCAGCGUGAGUAUCAUUUAAAUUUUUGCAAAACUUCAGGGUCGGUAGUUUAUUUGAAUGUUUACACUCAAAAAGACAUUUCGUGUUACCUUGAGUUUCGGAUUAUAUUGUCUUUUUGUUCACAGUCGCGUUUCCAAGCGGAGAGACAACCCAACUGUCUGUUCAAAGAGGAAUUUGUGGACGGCUACAACAGAUACCACCUGGUCAAGAACGAAGACCGAUACAUAGGGUUCAACCGGCGCGGCGUGCAGCUGCGGCGCGGCAAGAGCCGGCUGCCCGAGCGGCUGCACAAGUGCUUCUCGUUCAUGAAGGAGAACCACGACUUCGACAUCAACAGGCACAACAACCUGCUGGCCAACACGAAGACGUGGCGCUCGCAGCGUAGGCGACCCCCGCCGCAGAACUCCAUCAAGCCCCCGUGCCACGGCGUGCGCCACCACCACGGCAGGCAUCAGAGGCGACGGAACUGCGACGGCACGUAGGCGUCACGUCGGCGACACAUUAGCAGCUUCACGCUUCAACGCUUCGCGCGUUCCGUUGCCAGCUGUCGUUGGACAUUGUGAGUGGACAGAGUAUUAGUCAACUAUCGCAGUAUUAUUACAGUGACGUGGACUGGAUAGCGUUAGGUUAGUCGCGGUGGCCGCGGCGUUUCAAACGCCGCAUGAAUGGUAGCUAAAGCGAGAGAGCAAACAUUUGAAUGGGGGAAAAAACGCCGAGCCGGGACGUCGUCCGGAGCUGUGAAAUUCCUUAAGGUCGUGUAACAUCAUGGCGCUCGUUUGCUCAUGAGCCAGCGGUCGGACUCGUGCUCUAAAAGGAAAAAGGUUUUCUGUGGAACGAGCAAAUAGUCGCACCGGUCACGAGUCUUCCGACAGACCACCGCUGAACUCGACACCGUUCGACGUCGUCGCGUCGGCCGCACCGUGUCACGUGACACUCCGCGCGGGACACCACCGUGCCGCAUGCGCAUGCGCCUAGUGGACGCGUUAAAGCUCGUAACCUACUGCUCCGGCUGGCCCGCUAUAAUGUAGCAAAACGCCUUUACGUCAAUUCUCAGUGUGUUAUUAUUUAAAACGCUUUACUAUUAAGUACGGAUUGUGUUAUCUGCUUGUAAAUAUAAUAAAACCAUCGUGUUUACUUAUUUAUCGAAAAAAACUUUAAUCAGAAAUUUGUAUACGUAGGUAUUAGAUGUAAAGUUGUAUUAAAAUGUUUUUUAUGUAUUUAAUUAUCGGUAUUUAAUCUAUCCGACCGACCGCUCUCUUGUGAUUAGCCACAGUUGAUAUGACCUAGUUUUCUCUACUAACUUCAUGUACUGAAACUAUUUCCUUAUUAAUGUUCAUAAUGAAUAUUUUCGUGCGAUUCUGUGAAUUUGAUUGUAUGAUUUUGAGCGCUUUGUAAAUAUUGUUUUAGGAGUUCGUAUGUGAGUGAUAGGUUUUUUUGAAUCUCUUUAAUAUCGAAAUUCGUGGAUUUCUAUUGACGCUUGUAGUAAUUUUUCGAGUAAAUACGCGCCUGUGUUGAAUGCAGAAUGCCUUAACUUUAAUGCAGUUGUACAUCGUGUCUACCUAUUAUUAUAUAAAGAUUAAUCUAAGAUCUGUGCCAUAGUGGGCUAGCAAUGUUAGCUGCCAGUUCGCAUUGCAGCUAUGUUCUAUUUGUGUCUGUAAACUUUGUAGAAAAUCAAUAUUUAUCUUAACAGUACAUGCUAAUUGUAAAUUUUCACUUAGAGGUUAUAUCUAAACUCCAUAAUUUUGUAUUUAUUCCAUUUGUAUUGAUGAUUGAGAAUUGUGUGGACCUCUACGUGAAAAUAUAUAAAAUUUUAGAAAAUGUAAUAUUGUACCUUGUAUCCAUUGUAUACUCGUAUUGAACGACUGAUUCCGAACAUUGUGGAUUUAAUCAAAACCUUUUUAUAUGACGGAAACCUUUUGUAAACUCAUUUAAUACAAACGUUUAAAGUGAGUACAAAAGUGAAUACAGCAAAAAUUUUGUAUUAGCCGACAGAUUUUGUAUGAACUCCACUGAGUUUUUAAGAAUGUACCUAAAAUUUAUUUUCAUUUAUCAUUAACGUCAAUGUUUUAAAAACAUAUUUAGCUAUUUUUUUUUUGUAGUUACAAACUUGACAAUAAUUCCAGCAUUUUGAAUUUUGCAAAGUUCGGAUUCGGUCUAUCUAUUAUAUUAAAUGUUAAAAGUAAAUGUGAACAGAAAUCGCUACACAUUCCUCGAUUAUUCCAUAGUACGUAGUAUACAAACAAAGACAUUCAAACAUUCCAAACAAUGUUUAAUAGUUUUACAAAAUAUGCGCUUAUAUACAUAAUAAAUUCGUGAAUGACACUGUGUAUUGUAACACUGUGUCUAAUUAUAAGUAUUCAGAUGCAAACGAAAUAUAAUUGCUAAGAAAAAUUACAAAAUUAAAUCAUAUUUAACUCGCCAAA